AAGCUCAGCACUCAUACAAUUCAGCAGGAGGCUCGGUGUCUGUGUCUUGGAUUUAAACACUCAGACCGCACUAAAGAUGUCCAGACCACCUCCGGUAGUUGCCAGAAAGCCUUCAGGUGUCCGAGUCAUGAUCACUCCAGGUGAGCAGCUUCCUCCUGGUGGGAUGCCCCUCUUCACAGACUCCGGCAAAGAGAAUGGUGCAGGUGCAGAGUCGAAUCAUAUAUCGCUGCUGAAUGCAGAAAGAGAAGUGGAGAUUGUGAACCACUGCUUCAGCGAUGUGGAGAGAUUCAUGAUGCGCUUGCAGCAGACAGCAGAGGCCCAGAGUAUCCUCAACCAAAGGAAAAAGAAGAGGAGCAGUAAGAGCAAGAAGAAGGAGGCCCAAGAGGAUGAUUUGUUGACCCUGAAGGCAUCCCCUCCACCAGAGGAGGAAUUUGUGGACCUUUUUCAGAAAAUCAAGUACUCCCUCUGUCUGCUGGAUCGUCUCAAGUCAUCCAUCGCACAGCCUGAUGCUCCAGAGCUGCUGCACCACGUCUUUGUGCCGCUGAAGCUGCUGGUUAAAACCACCGGAGGACCAGCGAUCGGCGCGUCAGUGCUCAGUCCUGCUAUGACCAGUGGUGCUGUUUCACUGCUGCAGGAGCAUCUGACUGAAGAAGAGAAGCAGCUCUGGUCUUCAUUAGGAACCAACUGGACCUCAUCCUGCUCGCACCUGGGUGUGUCUGUUCCUCCAUACUCGCCCGUCUUCCUGGAUGGGUGGCAGCCUCAGGCCUAUGACUCAGCCGGCCAGCCUUUGGAAGAUCCCAUCGAGUCGCAGCACAAACAGGACGCUUACAGGGAAAGUGUGCAGGACCAGACUCGACAGACAGCAGAGGUUUCCAGUGAAGAGACUGAUCAAGUAGAUGGAAACGGGCUUCCACCAGAGGGUGAGAGACUCUACUGCUGCAGCUAUGACUUUGUGGCUCGAAACAGCAGCGAACUUUCUGUGCUACAAGGAGAAACACUAGAGGUGGUUGAAUCGUCGAAGCGCUGGUGGAAGUGUCGGAAUCGCUUUGACCAGAUAGGAUUUGUUCCCUUCAAUAUCCUGGAGCCUCUGUCUGCUCUGAAUAACACAGCGGAAGAUGCCUCAGUGGUGCGCAGAGACUCAAAGAAACCCAUUUCUCCUCGGACAAAGUAUUUCUCAUACGCACCAACGAGUCCAGUUGGGACCAGUCCAACUGCUACAAGCCCAACGGUGCGACCUCAGAGCAUGGUCUUACCGUCGACGACAAUGCAGGAUGAAAAUAGCCGAGUGCUGUUAAUAAACGAUGAGCUUCUUCAGCGGCUGGCAGAAAAAAGAGACUCAAUUCGUCCACUGGCGGUCCCUCGUGCAGCCGACACCUCUGCACCCCUCAACUACCACUCGGCGGCCGCUGAGGUGGAGGCCUGGCUCAACGCCAAGGGCUUUAGCCAGCAGACAAUCCAGAGUCUGGGCAUUUUAACUGGAGCCCAGCUGUUCUCCCUAAAUAAGGAGGAGCUCCGCACGGUGUCGCCGGAGGAAGGCGCCAGAGUUUACAGCCAGAUCAUGGUACAGAAGGCCCUUCUUGAGGAUGUACGUAAAGCUUCAGAACUGGAGAAGGCGAUGGAGAAGCAAAAACAGAAGAUAUCUGAGUGAAGACAGAUUUAUCAACAUCCACGAACACAGAUGUGACACCAAGACUUAUUUGAUGUAAAGUUAAUAUUAAUCUUUUCAUUAUGCUUGCUGUUAAAUCUCAGCAACUCGUUUUAGAAGUAAGGACUCACUAACACUGAUUUAAAAAGUUUUUAGAAAAACAUCUUUUGUUUUACUCCUUGCAAGUGUCUCAACUAUUCUUACAUUGUGGUUUUCAUUAUAUUUUUGUACAAAUAACAUAUUUCUGUUAUCAUUUGUUGAGAUAAUGUUGAAGGUUGGCAAUAAAUUGAUGUUUUUUCCCGACCUCCAAAAAUGUUCAUGCAGUUGAAAGAGACUCCAGAGAGCAGCCUGUUGUUUGGUUGAUUCAAGUUUUUAUUACAUGCACAUCAAUCUGUCUUAAAAAGAAAAACAUUUAUGAAGCAUAUUUCAUUUAAAACCUCAGUCCUGAGUCUUUUACAUGCUGUUCUCAAGACAGAGAGUUGUUUUCUUGUGCUUUUUCUGUUGGUAUUUUGGCUGCAAAGCGUGUUCUAUAAUAUUGUACAACACAGAUUUAUAAGGACACAUUAUUUGUCGAUAUAUUAUCAAUAAUAUAUUAUGUAUUUGUUAUGUAUUUUUUCUGACAUAGAUGAUCAAGCCAUGCAUUGUAACACAUAUGUGAAGAUAAACUCAUUUCAUACCUAGUUUUGAAAACGUUUGUCUUUUUAAUUUUUCAUUCAUUUUCGUCGGCUGUGCAAAGAAACAUGUUUGAUUCUUAAUAAGAAAGUGAUGCUGCAGAUGUCAACAUACAUAACAACUCUGAUCCAGAUGGAAGUAAAUAAACAUAAUUAAUACACAAAAA